AUGAAUGGAGAAGUCCUACCGGUAAUAAGCUUUAUGAUGCUUCCCGAUGAUUUGAUACUAAGUUGCUUAGCACGUAUCUCAAGAUUGCAUUACCCAUCUCUCUCUUUAGUCUCCAAGAGAUUUCGCAUUCUUAUCGCUUCCAAGGAACUUUACCAAACCCGAAUCCUCUUAGGUCGCAUUGAGAGUAGUCUCUAUGUGUGUUUUAGAUCCUAUAGACAUUAUACCAACCCAUUACGUUGGUUCACUCUUUGCCAAAGACUACACAAUGCCGAAAAAGUUUUGGUCCCGAUUCCAUCUCCUAAUUCACCAGUGGAUUUUAAGACAACUGUUGUAGCGGUUGGUCAUUACAUAUAUGCCAUUGGCGGAUUUGUUAAUUAUAAUGCAUUAUCAACCGUCAUGGUCAUGGAUUGUCGUUCUAACACAUGGAGUGAGGCCCCAAGUAUGCGGGUGGCUCGUGUGUUGCCGUCCGCUUGUGUUCUUGAUGAGAAAAUAUAUGUAAUAGGAGGUUACAACAAGUUCGAUUCGACGAAUUGGAUAGAGGUUUUUGAUACAAGUACCAAAACUUGGGAGUUUUUGCAUAUCCCUAGCGAUAAAAUAUGCUUAGGAGGCUCGAAAUACACAAUCGUUGCGUAUGAAGGAACAAUCUACGUGAGGUCUGAUGAUUUAGAUGCGACUUACAAGCUGUGUAAUAAAAAAAGUAGAUGGAGAGAGGCAGAUUUAGCGAUAAAUAUGGGAUUGAGAUCAGCAUCAACUUAUUGUGUGAUAGAGAACGUGUUCUACCGUUGUGGUGGUGGUUUUAUGAUCAAUUGGUAUGACUCUAAACCUAAGAUAUGGAGAAACUUGAAGGGUUUAGAAGGAUUGCCUAGCUUAUGUGGUAAUGUUGAGGGUAAAUUGGCGGAUUACGGUGGUAAAAUCGCGGUUUUAUGGGAGGAGUAUGUGCAAGUUGAAAAUCACAGGGAGAAAAUAAUAUGGUGCGCUGAAAUUUCACUUGCAAAAGACCUAAAUUUGGGGAUAAGAGGGAAGGUUGAAUGGUUUGGCAAAGUGUUUAGAUCCAACGAGCCAUAUGGUGGGGUGCAUGCUCUAGCGUCUACUAUUUCAAUAUGA